GUCCUUACGAGUUGGUUUUGUUCUCCCCUUACUUCUCCUUUUACAUCUCCUUUUUGUUCUCCCUUUUGUUCUCCCCCUUUUUGUCCUUCCCCAUUUAUUUUAUUUUUUGUUUUUCCUUUGCCUGUCCGACAAAAUGACGCCCCCUUUCCGCGUGCUCGCUUUACUGCUCGCCCUGCUUAAUUUCGCCUCUCCAGAGGAAAUUUUACCCACCAAGGAGACAGACAGCCCAAUUUUUUACUACGGAUUUAUAAAUAAUGAGGGGUACCAGCAUUACCUGCCGUCAAGGUAUUCCAAUGUGCUGAGAGAUAGAGACUCAAUAAGAGUGUCCUGCAAUAAAGGCUACACCGUGGCAGUCAGAAAGGCGUCCAUAAUAGACCUGAACGAGGAAGAAAAUGACUACACAAAUAUGGCAAAGGAAAUAUGCUCCAAGAAGGAACAAUGUCAGAUCGACGUGCGGAAAUUCAAAAGGAACACUAAGAACCCCCACUUGGACUUUUCUUCAGAACUGGCCCUAGAAUACAUCUGCAUGAGUUCUUAUAAAAACCUCUACGAUGGAAACGCCUUCCACCAAGGAGUUACACACAAAUACCUCGUAGUGCGGGACCAGUCUCUGGCGUGCGCGCAGAACAGCAGUAAAGUGACCAAGUUUGUGUCCAUUUCGAAGGCGUUAGAGGCGUGCACCUUGAACAGCUGCAAAUACGUCAUGUGGAAUGAUGAAGACAAGCGGGCCGUCAUCUGCGAUGAGGAUAAUUUGGACCAACAUUUCGUAGAAAGGAAUAACAACGUAACGUAUAUGAACCCCGCCAAUUUUUACACCCCGGGAUAUGCGACCUUCUUAAAUUAUAUGUCCAUCUGCGACCACGUUUUGAAAAGCGCGCCCUACAAUUUGAGCACCCCCAAAUCUGUGGACGUUUGCUCCCACCUGGACUGCGACUACUUCACAAGGAGCUUCGCCGGAUCCAUCAGGUCCCUGAGCAAUCACGGGAACGGAAAAACUUGGUUCUGCCAGGGCUUCCCCACGAUCAUCCCAAUGGACGGAUUCGUCACGAGUGUUAAAUUGAGCAAAUUUACUUAAAAGGAAUAUUCUCAUGUUCGCACGUGUUUUACCGGUAUAAAUUGUAUAGCACAUUCUACAUGAUGAGUGCAUGCGCUGUGUACGUUUGUGCCUACGCGGAGGAUGGCCUCUGACCGGUUCGCGUCUCUUCACCCCUA